GGCGCCGCCGCCCCGCGAAUGGCGCGGGUCACGGUCCUGCCAGAGAGCGAGGCCAUCGGCAUCGUGGACGCCGUGCAGCUGCUCGGCAAGGACGCGGUGCCUCCGCGGCGCGACCCGCACACAGGGCAGCCGGCAGAGUGCAGCCACGUGCUCGAGCUGGCGGAUGGCCUCUGGACGCGUUCGCUGGUCAGCUCUUUCGCGGCUGCCGGGGCCCAGGGUGUUUCCGGCGCGGGCGCCGAGUCCAGCGCGCCCAGCGGCGCCACGGACGGCAUCAAGGCGAGGCAGUCGCAGACGCGCACGUCCACCAGCUGCGUGCUCAGGGCCAUGCAGACCGCCGCCGUGGGCCGCAUCGAGCUGAGGUUGGCCAGCCUGGCGAAGCUCCCGGUGGAGACGCUGGAGCGGCCUACUGUCGUUAGGUAUGCUCCAGGGGAGCAUUUCAACGAGCACCACGACGGCAAGUUCAGGCCCCGCACCGUCUUUGUCUACCUCAACGAUCUGCCCGAGGACGACCCCGGCGGCGACACCUUCUUCCCGCACCUGGGCCUGAGCUUCAGGCCCCGCGCGGGCUGCGCGGUGAUCUGGACCAACACGACGCCGGACGGGCGGGAGGACAGCAGGCUGUGCCAUUGUGGGCGCCCGCCGAAGAGCGGGGUCAAGUUCGGGAUCAACUGCUUCUUCAACACCGAGCGCAUGCGCUUGGUGCACAGCCCACAGGCGGAGGUGCAGCUGCAGGCUGCACACGCCGUGGACGUGCGGGCCCUCUGGCCGGAGGGGCACGGCGCGCUGCCGGAGGGCGCGCGGGGCACACGCAGCUACAAGCUCAAAUCCACGCCCGAGAUCACGGCGGUGCCCUGCCUCGCGGGAGACGACGAGGUGGACCACCUCCUCGAGCUGGCCGGGCGCCCGCGCGGGGAGGAGGCGGCGCCCGCAGAGGGCGACGGCUGCCUGCUGCAGGGCGGCACCCACCUGCUGCGCCUCCUCGGGGUCGCCGAGAGCUCCACGGUCGAGGCGCUCGAGGGCCGCCUGGCCGCGGCGGCUCGGUUCCCGCUGGACCACCUGGGCCCCCUGCGCCUGGUGCGGGCCGGCAGCGUGCAGGGCCUGUGCAACAGGGGCUGCGGGCAGAAGUCGGGGUUGGUCUGCCUGUCCGACCGCGACGAGGUGUUCUUCCCGCACCUGGGGCUGCGGCUGGCCCUGCGCCGCGGCGACGCGCUGCUGUGGUCCAACGUCUGCGACGAGCCGGGCGGCACAGAGCCGGGCGCUCGCUCGCGGGUGGUCGAGGACCUGCGCACCACCCGGGUGCACCUCGGGCCCUCUGGGAGUGGCGCCCCAGCGGCCCUGUCGCUGGACGUCUCCUUCCAUGACGGCCCCCUCCGCUCGCUGCAGCGCGGCGCCGCGGCAAAGGUGGCGUUGUCCGGCGGCUGAGGCGGGCCUCCGGCGUCAGAGCAGGAAGAGGCUCCGAUACCGCCCACCCUUCCCUAGAUGUUUCGCCUCCUUGGGCCCUCCUGAGAGGCCCUCGUCGCCACGGCUGGGUUCGCCUCGAGAGUCUGAUCAGAGCGCAGCCCGGACGAGGUCCAGGGGUACAGUAGGUUCGUGUCUUGUCGGCUAGUCGACGACAUCAGCGCG